GAAUACGUUGCCUCGUGGCAGCGCGAAGCCGUGCUAAGCGAACCCCCACACGACUGGGUCCCACUGCUCAUAUAAGGUUUACCAGACAAGUGCGAGGCGCGGUGCGGACGUUACAACUUGCGUUGGCAGAAUCUGGGAGUAAAAUGGCCAGAGCCGCGAGCAUGGACUCUUCUUCAACUUCUUCCUUCAUGUUUGGCCUGGCGAAUGAGCUGAUCCUCGACCGGGACCCGCGCACCGCCGACUGGGCCCUGGCCGGGAACAGAGAGUUCCUCAUCUCCCUGUUCAUGGUCUACGUCUACGUGGUCAAGGUGGGCGGACCCCGAUACAUGAAAGACCGCAAGCCGUAUGACGGCAUCAAGCCGAUUGUCAACAUCUACAACGCCUGCAUGGUGGUGCUGAACGCCUACUUCAUGACUGCCUUCCUCUCCAGGACCUACAUGGGCGGCGGCUACAGCCUCUUCUGCCAGGGCAUCAACUACGAGGCCCGAGACGAGGUCACCAUGAGCCUUCUCAACCUCUGCUGGUGGUACACGCUGGUGAGGAUCGCCGACUUCAUGGACACGGUUUUCUUCGUCCUGCGCAAGAAGGACUCGCACGUCUCGUUCCUGCACGUCGCGCACCACAUUCUGGUAGUGUUCAACGGCUGCUACGGCGUCGGCUACGGCCCGGACGGCCAGGCGACACUGACCAUUGUACUCAACUGCUUCGUCCACGUGAUCAUGUACACUUACUACUUCCUCUCUCUGCUGGGACCCACAGUGCAGAAGCACCUCUGGUGGAAGCGUUACCUGACGCAGGUGCAGCUGGUCCAGUUCUGCGUCAUAUUCGUGCACAUGCUGGUUCCGCUCUUCUACAGCUGCGGUUACCCGAGACCGCACAUCUACGUCAUGCUGUGCGAGGCGGUUUUCUUCUUCAUCAUGUUCGUACGCUUCUACCUCAAGGCCUACCGGGACAGGCACAGCAAGAAAAUCGAGGAUAGAGAUCACGCCAAGAGCAAGGUUCACUGAAAGUGUUGGCUCAGUCGAUUCUGUGAUACGCGCAAGGAUUCUGCAAGUAUCACGGUAGCUAAUCUACAGUCGACGUGCACCGAUCCAACGCUCAGAGAAAGUUGGGCAGUACAAAAUCGUCUGUUUUUUUUUCCUGUAGCCUUUAAACUUGACCUUAGGUCACGUCGGUAGCGCCACGUCGGUAACGUCACAUGACUAUGUAAAAAGUGAUGCGUGUGAUAUGCGGAAUAUUAUGGGAACCUUAGAGACCUGAUGGGUAUCGAUAAGUUCCGCGCGAAUACAGGAGCGGUUUGUAAGCCAAGGUGUUAGUUUACAGUGCUAAUAGAUGAACGGCAGCUCAUCGCCUCUGGUUGAAUACUGUUACCCCGCGCAAAUUACGCGAUUCGCCACAGGACACACACUGCGACUUCUUACAACGACAAUGCUAAAAAACAAGCUACGCGACCUGUGUAUGCGACUGGUUCCAACACUAUGCUCAUACAUGCCGAGUGUAACACGUUUUUUUCUGUCCUUUGUCUCUUACCAGAGACAUGCUAGGCAGGAGAAAAACAUCUAACGGUGGACAACAG